GCGAAUCAACGAUUAAGUCCUACUAUGGCGAAGCGAAACCGAGAAAAUGGAGUUGAAAAUUCGAAAAAUGCAAGGCAAAAAACUGAUGCGACGGCGAAUGGCAAGAGGAAACUGAUCAUCAAUGCCUUCGUUGAGAUGUGUAGUGGCCAUCAGUCGCCAGGCCUGUGGAGACACCCUGACGACCAUUCACAUGAGUUCAACAACAUCGAGCACUGGGUAGAGCUUGCAAAGCUGCUUGAAAAGGCCAAAAUUCAUGGAAUCUUUGUAGCUGAUGUGCUCGGUGGAUACGAUGUCUACAAUGGCAGUCUCGAUGCUGCGAAGAUAUCAGGCGCGCAAUGGCCGGUCAACGAGCCUUUGGCCAUCGUAAGUGCCAUGGCAGCAGUGACCAAGAGCAUCGGAUUCGGCGUGACUGUCUCGACAACCUACGAACAGCCGUACCACCUUGCUCGGAGAUUAUCGACUAUUGAUCAUCUUUCGAAGGGAAGACUUGGUUGGAAUAUUGUGACCAGCUAUCUUGACUCGGCUGCGCGUAACAUGGGUAUGAAAGAGCAACUGCCGCAUGACGAGCGCUAUGCGCAGGCUGAGGAAUAUGUGAAGGUCAUGUAUAAACUGCUGGAAUCUUCUUGGAGAGAUGAUGCAGUCGUACUGGACCGGAAGAGUGGCGUAUACACGGUACCCGAUCGGGUGCGCGAGAUCAACCACGAGGGAAAGUACUUCAACGUGCCUGGCCCUCACAUAUGCCAGCCAAGCCCCCAACGUACGCCUCUCAUCCUCCAGGCGGGUGCGUCGAAGGCAGGAAAAACUUUUGCAGCACAAAAUGCAGAAGCCAUAUUUGUCUCCGCCCAUGCGCCCGAGGUCUGCGCGAAGAACAUCGCAGAAAUUCGACACAUUGCCUCUUCGCAGUUCGGUCGGGAAGGGAAGAACAUCAAGUUUCUUGCCCUUGUAACACCCAUCAUCGGUCGAACCGAAGAAGAGGCCCAGGCUAAGCUUGCCAAUUAUCGCAAAUAUGCGUCCUUGGAAGGAGCGUUGUCGCUGUUCUGUGGUUGGACUGGUAUUGAUCUCGGAAAAUAUGGAGACGACGAGGAGCUGCGACACGUCGAGAGCAACGCUGUGCGGUCCACUGUCGAAGGUUACGCUCGCUUCUCUCCUGGGACCUCCAGAUGGACAAAGCAUACAGUCGCUGAGCACGUGAGCAUCGGUGGAAACGGUCCUAUUCUUGUUGGAACUCCAUCCCAAGUUGCAGAUGGGUUACAAGUCUGGAUUGACGAGGCCGAUGUUGACGGUUUCAACAUGGCCUAUGCUGUCUUUCCACAGUCGUUUGUAGAUAUGAUUGAGCUAUUACUUCCCGAGCUCAAGAAACGGGGUUUGUUCUGGGAUGAUUAUGCUGUGCCUGGUGGUACCUAUCGCGAGAAUUUCUACGCGAAAAAGGGACAGAAAGGGCCCCUUGAAGAGCACGUGGCAUCGACGUAUCGGUGGAAGGCGGGAGUUGAUGCAAAGGACCACGUCAUUCCUGGAUGAGAAGCAGAUGCAAUUAAGCAAGCUGAGAUGUCAUGUACUCGAACAAACUCAAAGGCUCGAAGAUAUUCGAUACGUCCUGGGGUCUAGCGUGGGUGACCGAGAUGCCAUAUUAGUAUGCGUCAGCUUAGAGAUAUGCGUGGUAACGCGAUCUUGCUCUGGGUCGCAUCCUGCAAUGCGGAACGAUGCCGUCGAUGUCUUCUUGGGCGUCGCGAAUUUGUCCUAGUUGCUAUCUCUCUCUAGAGCGCAAGGUCGCGUCAGUACAGGGGAGCAAGCACGACAAUCACCGCGAUUACUGCGAGCCGAUUCCGUCAGCAAGCGGAGAAAAGACGUGAUUGCACCUCUGCCCGACCGGCGGCUCUGCAGGCCGGGAACAGAUAGCGCAACUAACAAUGUCUUACUGCAUCGGUACUUGAGGACAAAGUUGGUGAUAGCGAGCAGCUUACCCCGGAGCUUUAAAGUCGUCAUGGGUAGAGACAUGCGUCCGAUGAGAGGGUGUC